AUGAGGGAAGCAGUCGUCAAGCUCCGGGCACCGGUGUGGUGCCGGCCGAAGGCUCUCCGAUGCCUAAGUCAGCUAAGAAUGUCGGGAGUUUCGGCAGGUGCUUGGCACCUCGGAAGAGUGUCUUCCUUCGGCAAGAGGGAAGGCGUGUCUGCCUUGGUGCUAGUUGUUUUGAGACUGGAUAUGCUCGGUUGA